AUGAAGUUCGCUCUCGCAAUCGUUUCCUUUGCCGCAGCAGUCUACGGCCAGACUGCUAGCGACAUCCCCAGCUGUGCACUUGGUUGCUUCCAAACCGCCAUCACCUCUGUCACCGAUUGCGCAGCUAUGGACUACGCCUGCGCUUGCAACAGCGCUGACGCGGUUGCUGCUUCGGGACAGUCUUGUGUGAUUGCCGCUUGUGGAGAGGAUGUUGCUGAGAACCAGGCUUUCCCUGCUUUCCAGGCUCUUUGCAACGCUCAGUGA